UUGCAGUGUUGGUUAGACUACUUUUGCAAGACGCGCCUGAUAGCAUGUUCUGAAUGACUCGGGCAACAGAAGGACUAGUGUAUAUGCAAAGAUGAGAUGCAGCUGGGGCUUGUCUAUCCUGUUGAUUCUGUAUGUGGGUCCUCUUCAUGCCUUUUGGUGGAACAGUUCACCUGUCACAAAGGCCCCCAGAGUGGACAAUGACACUUCUGUUGGUGGAACGACCAGUAAGGAGGAGAAAAUUGCUGAUGUAGGGUCGGAAAAAAUAGAUGCAGCCAGAGGGAUCCAAGGAUUUGUGAAGAAUUGGGACCAGAACUCAACUGUGAAUAACAAUGUCACAGUGAGGACACCUGUCAUCUCCUCGAAAACGGCAGAGAGUGGAAUCUCCCUGCUGCAACUAAUUAGAAACCCUCCACCUGAAGACAUCACCCGGGUUUCAGGCCCAAAUGGACAAACUGCUUACCUCUUCACAAAAGAUACCAACACAGAACAGAUGGCACGUGCCCACCUUCCCACACCCUUCUACCGAGACUUCUCUCUUGUCUUCCAUUUGAAGCCCAACUCUGAUGAUGCUGGAGUCCUCUUCUCCAUCACCGACUCAAAUCAAAAGAUCAUGUACAUCGGGGUGAAGCUCUCAGCAGUGGAGGAUGGCAAAAGAAAGGUUAUUUUUUAUUACACAGAGCCUGAUUCAGAUACAUCUCAAGAGGUGGCCAGCUUUGAGGUGGAACACAAGCCACAAGAGUGGAGCCGCUUUUCUCUCGCUGUUAGUCUGGACCAGGUGUCUUUCUACGAGGACUGUGAAUCUGGGCCCAAGGUGGUAAAGUUUGAGCGCUCAGCUGAUGACUUGGAGCUGGAGACACACUCCAAGAUCUUUGUUGGACAAAGUGGAGCCGAUGACCCAGACAAAUAUCAAGGCAUGAUCUCAGAGUUAAGGGUGGUUGGAAACCCACGAGCUGCAGAGCGUCAUUGUAAUGAUGCUGAUGAUGAUGAUGAUGAUGACUAUGAAAGUUCUGGAGAAAAUGGAAGUGGAAUAGGUGACAGAAUGGAUAUGGAUCAUAAUUUAGGUUCUGUUCUGCAGCCCCUGCCUUCACAACCUGCUUCUACAGGGCGUAAGCCUAAAUUGGACACAGAUGACCAUCAGAAAGCUACAGAGCCAAAACGUGAUUCAGCCAUACUCUCCAGCACAGGUGAAGAGAAGGGCAAUCGUGGAGAGAAAGAAAUCAAGGGUAGUAUUGGGUCUGGAUAUCCUGGCCCCAAAGGUGAUCGUGGGCCUCCAGGACCACCUGGACCAGCUGGACCCCAGGGUCCAGUAACAGAAGUGAAAAGCACAGGGGAUAUAAAGGUGGAGAGGGUACAGGGUCUAAUGGGCCCACCAGGUCCAGAGGGCCCACAGGGGGAGCCAGGUGAACCAGGGCAGGACGGCAAACCUGGCCCCGAAGGACCUCAAGGUUUUCAAGGACCACCUGGUACUACAGGACCUAAAGGACAGAAGGGACAGAAAGGGGAAGGACAUCCAGGCCCCAGAGGCUCACCUGGGCCACCUGGACCUCCUGCACCCUCAAUCUCAGACAGGACUACAUUUAUGGAUAUGGAGGGUUCUGGAUCAUUGCCGCAUUUAUGUUGUCAUCCUGGUCUACCUGGGCCUCCUGGGCUUCCUGGGCCGCCUGGGCCCCUAGGACCAGACUGGCCAACUGAAUCAGAAUUAGAACCUUUUGAAGCUGGCCCCACUGGUCCCCCUGGACAAAAUGGGUUCCCUGGGCGUCCUGGGCCCCCAGGUCGACCUGGAAAACCUGGUCCUCCAGGCCAAAAGGGAGACUGUGGUGAUCUUGGCUUACCUGGAGUUGCAGGGGAAAAGCAAAGCUCUGCUUUCUCUUUUUUCUCCAAUUGGUUUCCUUCCUGGGAGACUAGUGGGGCACAGGGUCCACAGGAUACAGUAGGAAUCCCAGGGCCAGAAGGUAUGGCGGGGCCGCCUGGGCCUAUGGGACCUCGGGGACCUCCAGGACCCCCUGGACCUGCCUUCCGAAUUACUACUGAUGGGAAAGAAAAAGAAGUUGAUCUUCAAUACAUUCCAGGAGUCAUGGGGCCACCAGGUCCACAGGGACCUCAGGGGAUACCUGGACUACCAGGAACACCUGGUUUACCAGGUAUUCCAGGUCAGAAAGGUGAAGAAGGCCAAAGAGGACGAGAGGGAAUGUCAGGGUUAGAUGGCUUUCCAGGAAAAAUAGGGCUAAAGGGGGAAAGAGGAUGGAAAGGUGAAAAAGGUUAUCCUGGUCGUGCAGUAGGGCCUCCAGGACCACCAGGGCCACCAGGUCGUCCAGGACAAGUUACCUAUAUUAAUGGCAGUACAAAUGGAGAAUAUGGAAUCCCUGGACCACAGGGUACACCUGGUAUAGCUGGUCAGGCAGGAUUCCCUGGACCAAUGGGUCCAAAAGGUGAUCAGGGGGAACCUGGACUACCAGGAGACUCUAUCAAGGGUCAAAAGGGUGAUCCUGGCCUGAUCGUAGACUCCAGUGGUAAACCCAUUUACAUGGGGGGGCUAGCUGGACAGCUGGGUGAACCAGGACCUCCAGGACCAGAGGGGCCUUUGGGACCAGUUGGGCCACCCGGACCAAAAGGAGAAAUCGGAUUACCAGGCAGACCAAGUCGUCCUGGACUAAAUGGUAAAAAAGGAGCGAAAGGCGAUUCAGGUGGAGGAUAUGGUUAUGGAUAUCAGGGACCCCCUGGGCCGCCUGGGCCACCUGGUCCUCCAGGACCUCCAGUUUCUGUGGGACAAUAUGAUGGUUAUGAUGACGGCAGCUCAAGAUUUCCCUAUGCUAUCAAAGGGGACAAGGGUGAAAGAGGAGCACCUGGCAUCCCUGGCUUGCCAGGUCUCACUACUACCUUUGACAUUUAUGCAUUUAAGCAUGAGAUGAAAGGGGAGCUUGGUCCUAAAGGACAUAAGGGAGAACCAGGAGCAGGUUACUAUGACCCUCAUCAUAGUGGAGCACAAGGUCCACCCGGAAGACCUGGACCACCGGGCCCUAGAGGAGAAUCUACUAGUGGGCCUCCAGGACGUCCAGGGCCUCCUGGAGCCCCAGGAAUCGGUUAUGAUGGUCGCCCAGGUAGUCCUGGUCCACCUGGACCCCCGGGAUCGUUGCUGCCAGGUGCACACCAAUCCCCACAAACAAUCAGUAUUCCUGGGCCUCCUGGACCUCCUGGACCCCCUGGACCUCCUGGACAUUUAACUGGGGUUAUGGUGUUGAGGUCUGUUGACACCAUGACUGCAACAACUAUCCAGUAUCCUGAAGGCACGCUAAUCUAUGUAAAAGACAACAGAGAACUUUAUAUGAGAGUACAUGAUGGCAUCAGAGAAGUCAUGCUUGGUGAAUACACUCCAUUCCCCAAGGGUCUGGAUAACCCGAUGGAAGCAGUUGUGCCUCCACAAGUGGUUCAGUACUCUCAGGAUUACCCCACAACCUCUCCCCAACAAGGCCCUCCACAACCAGGAGCCCAGUACCCUGUGCCACUUGAUCCCAGACUUCAGCCAUCAUAUGACCCACACCAUAGAUAUACAUUUCCACACUACUAUUCUCCAACUGAUCCACGACACUCUCCAUCAAUCGAUUCAAUUUACCAGCACCAUCCUGAUUCCAGAAAGCACAUUCCCAGCAGCCACCCAGAUCAUUCUGGCUAUCCUGACAGCAGAUAUGAACGUACACACCACCACAGGCCCGUCAUUCAAAAGGCUAAGCUUCCAGCUCACACACACACAUCAGGCCAUGCACUGCACCUGAUCGCUCUCAACUCACCCCAGCUGGGCAACAUGCAGGGUAUUAAAGGUGUAGAUCACCAGUGCUUCUUACAGGCCCAAGCCAUUGGGCUAAAAGGAACGUUCAGGGCUUUCCUGUCAUCCCAGUUACAGGAUCUAUACAGUAUUGUUCGACAGAACAACAGGAAACUGUUACCCAUAGUCAAUCUUCAAGAUGAGGAAUUAUUCAGCAACUGGGAAUCCAUCUUUAAUGGCUCAGAGGGCAAGAUGAAUGAUAAUGUGCACAUCUAUUCAUUUGAUGGUCGAGAUGUUCUUGAUGAUGAUGCCUGGCCAGAGAAGAUGGUAUGGCAUGGAUCAAGCACUCAAGGAAGCAGGCAGACAGACAGCUACUGUGAAACAUGGCGAACAGGUAGUCAUGCCGUCACUGGCAUGGCUUCCUCUCUCCAAGAAGGCUACCUACUUCAGCAGUUGCCACGUGGCUGCAGCAGCUCUUUUAUCAUACUGUGCAUUGAGAACAGCUACAUUGCUGAGUGAACCAAAAUCUUUGCUAAACCAAAAUUUUCCUUGAGUCACACCACAACCUGACAUUUUUAUGAUUGAUGGUGAUACUGUUUAUGUUCAUUUACAUGUAUUUUAGAAUUUAAUUUUGACUAUUUUUUAUGUAUUAACUGCUGUGUGACAGCCAUUUGUUUCAAAACAAACAAUGAUAUACUUUGCUUUUUGCAUCAUAAACCUUACAACAAACAUUUUGUCAUAGCAGAGAACCUACAAUGAAAUACUUGAGCAUUUAAAAAUAAAAUUGAUUAAAGCUAAAUUCAGGGGGGAAAUUACUGUCUUAUGUUUUAUAUUUUUUAACAAAAAUGUACAUAUUUCACAAAUAGCAGGGCAGUAUUGAACACCCUCAGGCAAAAACAUUUAUGUACAGCUUAUUUUAAAAUGGACAUUCGCAAGUGCCUUCACAAUAUAUUGCCAAAGAAAAGGGCUACAUUCCAAAUUUUAAUAACUAAUUCUCUUUAAACUACUUUGUUGUCAUAACCAUUUUCAUUCACAUUUGUAUUUGAUUUUAUGUAAACAUAUCUAUGUAACCUUUCCACAUUUUUAUACUUUGCAACAUCAAACAUUCCAUGAUGUAAUGCAAAAUGACUGGUUGACUUUCUCUACAGAAAGACGACGACUAUUAAUAAAAAUAUGUAAAUCAUUGUUUUUGUAUUAUUAUUUAUUUUGGUUUAGUUUUUACACAUAACCUGAAUACAAUUUUAAAGAGUUGCAGUUCUCUGUACUUUACAGCCUGCUGUAUUCUGCAGUUCAAAUGUGACCACUAAAAAUAUCAAAGACAUUAUUACUUUUAUCUUUACUGUAUUUCAA